UUUGGUUCCACGAAAUAUGGUUGUUGAACUGGAGAAAAUGGAGCGUUAUGCUGGGCCGGUUAAUCCGUCGUUAUAUCCGCAGAUGGCUGUGGUGCUGCUCGGGAUUGGUCUUUUCUUCAUGGCCUGGUUCUUCGUUUAUGAGGUCACUUCCACAAAAUAUACACGGAUUUUGCUGAAGGAAUUGCUAAUAUCUGCUGUUGCAGCUCUGUUUCUGGGAUUCGGUUCAGUCUUUCUAAUGUUAUGGGUCGGAAUCUAUAAAGCCUUAUGA